AUGGAGUCAGCAUAUCUCCAAAAGCACCUUGGUACAUGUCUAACUCAAGGUCUUGCAGAAGUGGCAAGAGUUCGUCCAGUGGAUCCAAUAGAAUAUUUAGCACUGUGGAUUUGCAAGUAUAAGGACAAUAUAAACAUGCAACAGCAGAGAGAAAAGGAAAUGGUUGACUUGGAACGAGAAAGAGAACGAGCACUGAUGGAGCAGGAAAUGCUGGAGAGGCUCAGAGCAGAGGAGCUCUUGUUUCAGCAGCAGCAACUGGCAUUCCAGCUGGAGUUAGAGAUGCAAGAGAAGGAGAAACAGAAAGCUGAAGAACUUCAGAGAGCCCAAGAGCAACUGGAGAAGGACCUGAGAGUAAGUCUGGAUAGUGCAAGUCAGAGCAAAGAGUCUUUACUUUCAGAGGAAGCAGCAGUGGACUCAGGCAAAACGCUGGCUGAAAUUAGUGACCGAUAUGGAGCACCGAACUUGAGCAGAGUGGUCGAACUUGAGGAACCCAUGUUGUCUGAUGUUACAUUAAACAUUGAUCAAGAUUUGUAG